AUGAUACUAACCUGGUUACUUAGAAAAACAUACGACGUUAUUUGCUAUGACAGAACAUGUUCCGCAAGAGUAUUCCCGGCUUGGCUCGAGAUCGAGGCGAUGAACAAACUCAUCAAGGACGCAGAGGCCAGUAAACAAGUGCACAAGACCCUCCAGGCCAACGUCACCUCCAUGAAGAGUCAGGCCAACGUCACCUCCAUGAAGAGUCAGGCCAAGGAACUCAGCGACCUUAUCGACCCGGCCAAGCAGGCCAUCGAGACCCUGGAAGGCGGCUGGGACGUCAUGGGCACUGAGGUCCAGUACAUCCACGACAAGGACGAGAAUUUCGUUUUUGAGUAA